AUGGUGUCGGUAGCUGCGUGGCUGCCAUUCGUGAGGGCCGCGGCCAUAGGGUGGAUCCCCAUCGGGCGAAACCAACUGCCCCGAGUGCCACUGGCCAUCACAGGGAAGGAGAACAAUGCGAGUUCCGACCAACGUCUGCGAAUCAACGUUAGUGGCCAGAUUUUUGAAACUUGGAAGCAUACACUGGACAGGUAUCCGGACACGCUGUUGGGAUCGGAUGAGAAGGAAUUUUUCUUUGAUGACGACGCUGGCGAGUACUUCUUCGAUAGAGAUCCUGAACUGUUCAGGCGAGUUCUUGCCUUCUAUAGAUCUGGCAGUCUACACUGGCCGAAGGAUGAAUGCGUGGCUGCGUUCGAUGAUGAGUUGGACUUCUUCGGACUCGGUCAGGACAGCAUUGGCGACUGCUGCCAAGAAGAUUAUCGUGACAGGAAGCGAGAGAACCAAGAAAGGAUAGCCGAAGACGCGGCCGAAGCAGCUGCAGAAGAAUUGGCCGCCAAGGCGCAGGCAGCCGUACGCGAACGGAUGUGGAACACCUUUGAGAACCCGCAAGCCAACACGACUGCACUCGUCUUCUAUUACGUCACAGGGUUCUUCAUCGCGGUGUCCGUGCUAGCAAACGUCAUCGAAACAAUUCCAUGCGGCAUUCAUACAAACCAACCCGACCGAACCAUCAGCUGCGGUGAAAUGUACGAGUCUGAAUUAUUUUGUCUGGACACUGCUUGCGUUAUAAUCUUCACGACUGAGUACAUGAUGCGGUUGUAUGCGGCUCCGAACAGGGCGAAACAUCUGAGGUCCGUGAUGAGUGUCAUCGACGCUGUAGCCAUCCUGCCCUACUACAUAGGCUUGUGUCUGCCCGAUAACAAAGACCUCGGUGGAGCCUUUGUCACUCUGAGAGUCUUCAGAGUUUUUAGAAUUUUUAAAUUUUCCAGGCAUUCACAAGGACUAAGAAUUCUCGGCUACACCCUGAAAAGUUGCGCCAGUGAGCUAGGUUUCUUGCUAUUCUCCCUAAGCAUGGCCAUCAUCAUCUUCGCCACGAUCAUGUACUACGCCGAGAAGAACGUCGAAGAGACCACAUUCACCAGCAUCCCAGAAGCUUUCUGGUACACCAUUGUCACUAUGACGACCUUAGGGUACGGGGACAUGACCCCAAAAACGGUGACGGGGAAGAUAGUUGGGGGCGUCUGUUCCCUGAGUGGGGUGCUCGUCAUCGCCCUGCCCGUCCCUGUCAUCGUGUCGAACUUCAGCAGAAUCUACCACCAGAACCAGAGAUCUGACAAAAGGAAAGCUCAAAAGAAAGCCCGUGCCACACGUCUCCACAACAUGCGAAAUUCAGCCAUCAAGAACUUCAUGACUGGGAAAGCCAGGACGGAGAAGUUGGUGUAUGAGUUGGAGUCAGGUCUGAAAGUGGACGAGCUGAAAAAUGAAGACCUCUUCCAGAUACAACAUCAUCAUCUUCUUAACUGCUUAGAAAGGGCAACUGUGAGAUAUAACAUUUUUAUGAUUUAA